AUGUCAUAUGUAGGCAACUUUAUGAAGUUCUUCGAUUGGAAGGGCUGGGACUUCCAGCGGGAGAUCGGUGAGAAGUAUGGCUCGGUCGUCAAGCUCAACGGUCCUCUUGGGAAAAAGCUCUUGUUCGUGUUUGACCCACUCGCGCUGUCCAGCGUCGUCGUCAAAGACCAGUAUAUCUAUGAGGAAACACCCGAGACAAUGCAUCUCUUGCUGGGCGAACGCCACCGCAAACAGCGUAGAUUGCUCACUUCCGUGUCCUCCACCGCCAACACGUGGCAUACAGUCCCUGUUUUAUUUAAGAUUACUGAUAAGGGGCAUGCUAUUGCUUUGCAUAUCAAGGAACGUGUACAAGAGAUCAACAUCAUUGGGCAGGCCGGACUCGGAUACUCAUUCGACCCGCUAACCAGUGACUCAGCCGACGACUUCAGCGAUGCUAUCAACAGCAUCAUAUGCGCUCUUCCCAUUCCUAUAUUUCUCUCCGCACGGCUCAGUGAAAGAGAUUCCAGGCCCACGCUGGCCCCUCUCCGUAUCGUUCAUCCGCUACUGCCAUUCGUCAUGAAGAUUGGUAGGCCCGCAUUCAGACGAUGCCUGGUGAAGAUGUUUCCCCACAGAUAUCUUCGCCGUGCCGGUGAGAUUUCCGAUACGAUCUCCAAGUAUUCUCGCAGAAUCCAUGAAGGAAAAACGGCAGCGUUAGAGGGCGGAGACGAGGCUGUCAUACGCCAGAUUGGCGAGGGGAAGGAGAUCAUCAGCAAGCCGUCAAACGUAUCUGCCUCUGAGGAAGAGAAACUGCCUGAAAAUGAGCUAUCGGGUCGGAUGUCGACAUCCAUCUUCGCCGGUAUGGACACGACAUCGAAUGCACUCGCACGCAUCUUAGACAUGCUCGCGAAACAUCCAGAGGUGCAGCACAUGGAAAUACAAAAGGCGCGCCGCGAGAAUGAUGAGAUCCCGUAUGAUAUGCUCGAAGAACUGCCACACCUGGAUGCUGUCUGCCCGGAGACUAUUGAGACUUCAAAACCCAUUCGCGCCAGUGAUGGUACAAUGAUGAACGAGAUACCGGUGUCGACAGGCACUGCUGUCUGCAUCAGCAUCCUCGCAUGCAACCGCAACCCGGAGAUUUGGAGCCCCGACGCAGCGGAGUGGAAGCCUGACCAUGAGCGCUGGCUAAAGCAGCUCCCGAAGGUCAUGAACGCACAGGUAGGACCUGAUUUGUUGUGGUGCAGGAUGACUUCUAUUGGCGGAGGACGGGCUCUGCAUUUAUCUGAACUCGAAAUGAAACACUCACGACUCGUCCUUGCUGUCUUACUCUCUUCCUUCACCUUCGGGUCCACGGGAAAAGACAUCUACUGGAACAUCGUAGCCAUCCAAUACCCCACCGUCGAACAAAAUUCGAAGCCGCAGAUGCACACGAAGGUCGGCUCUGCGACAGCUCUGUGA